AGUGACUGCGCAUGCGCUGGCUCCAUUGCCAUGCUCGUCUCAAAGUUGAAGCUGAACAGUUGACAACAAACACGCAGACGUUUCUCUACGUUGAUGCAGUUGUCUGAAGUCAGCUGAUUGACCUGCUGCUUGUCACCUGUCGGAGUCCGAGUCGCUGAUGCUUUGAUAUAAUGAGCUGCGUCGAAGGGAAGAACGAACCUGCAGUUUACCAACGGGUCGUGUCCAAGAACGCCUCGCCGUACCACUACAUGAAAGUUUGUCUUGUGCUGGAGGAUGAGUCUACCAGACUGAGUGCAGUCGAACUGAAGCAGUUCAUCAUCACAGGUCUGAACAGUCUGUAUGGAGAGGUGGGAGCAGCUUUGAACUUUGACCUGUUGAAGUAUGAUGAAGACACCCUCACUGCUCUUCUGCGUGUUUACAGCAAGGGUUUGGUGAAGCUGUGGAGCUCCCUGACUCUGCUGGGCUCCUACCAGAACCAGGCCUGUGCCUUCAGAGUGCUGCAGGUGUCUCCGUAUCUCCUUGCGCUGACAGGAAACAGUCGGGAGCUUCAGCUGGACUGAAAGAGAAGGACCUUCAUUUUCUUCAGGAUGAGGUUCAUGUGGAGCAGCAUCUUUAAUAAUCCGGGGCUGCGCCUCUCCCCUCC